AUGUGCACGGCGUCAUUCGCGACGCUUUGUGCGAACGACUCGCAGCCGGCCCCCACGACCAAGUCGCAGUUCUCGUUCCUCGCACUCUUGCUUGACUAUUGGAGCCGCUUCCUCCCGAGCCAGUACCCGCACCGCGCUGUGCUUGAGAACGCGCCGGUCACCAAGUCUGCGUCGCCCGACGAUAUUGUUGCCGCCGUCCUCGCCGCCCUUAUCCCGAUGCUGCACAAGAUCCCGGGUGAUCGGUUUGAUGCCGAAGGUCGCUUCAAGGUCGAAGCCGCUGUCAUGCGCGCCGUGGAGCUGAAGAAGCCCCUUACGUUUGUGAUCCCGGCCUUUCCGUUCAAGUCGCCCAACACGACCGAGAAGACGCUCGGUGUGCUUCCGGACCGCGGCGAAGAGCUCGCGAUGGAGCGCCUUGAAGCCCUCUGCCGUGAGAUCGAGACUGUGUACCCGCCUGGUGCUCAGAUGGUCAUUUUCAGCGACGGGCGCAUCUUCAACGACAUCAUUGGUGUCUCGACGGAUGCCAUGGACGCGUACAUCGCCGAGCUCGAGGCCAUGGCGGUCGCGGCCAAGCACAGCCACAUCAAGUUUGACCGGCUCGAACACUACACCACAUCCGAAGAUCCCAACCAGGAGCUUCUCGAGCGCUACAACUGCGACAAGAUCGACAUGAAGAAGCUUCUGAAAGACGACGCGGGUGUCCUUGCCACCUACCGCGGCUUCCGCCGCUUCCUCACCAAGGACCUCGCGCACAAGUGGGUCGGCAUGUCCAACUCGGCCAUCGACAAGGCUGCGGGCGCCGCCGCCAAGCUCAUGAUCCAGCGCAACAUGGCCUUCUCGACGCUCGUCGACGACUGCUACCCGGACGCGGUCCGCCUCUCGAUCCACGCCUACGACAACGCAGGCCCCAAGUACGGCGUCGCGCUCAUCCCGCAGCUCGAGAGCUCCAACGGGUCGAUCCCGACCACGCCGUGGCACUGCGUCAUGGUCACCGAUAUGCACGGCCGCGAGUUUUCCGCCAAGCACGAAGAUGUCGACUUGGAGCUGUACGAGCUGCAGUACAAGUUUGGCCGGGCGUGGUGCUAUACGGCCAAGCCGUAG